AGAGGGGGAAAAAGAGACAGAGAGAGGGGAGAGAAAGAAAAAUUAGUAUUCUCCUACUAGCCUCGCUAUAAAUCAAUCAUGGAAUCCUACGUGGUGAGCUGUAAAUAUGCUGAGCCGCAGUUCCCGCCUUGUGAAGAAGAUUACAGUAAUUUUAGUGACCAAGGGGGGUAUUACAACAACCCCCAGGACAGUGGUAGUUAUGGAGGGGGCUACCAGCCCAUGCAGCCCCCUCCGGCUCCAUACACACCACAACAAACCGGCUAUCAACACUCUUUGCAGGGGCAUCACCGGGGAGAUGGAGAAGAUCAGUCGCAGCAGCAGAGUGAAUCCUUCCCCCGCUACACAGAGACAGACGCCCUCGGUAAGGAGAGGUUCUCCAUGGGUGACCUGCAGUGCCAGGCCUGGAUGACCUGCGGAAAGCCCGCUCAGGUGCAGAGGAAAACGGCCUGCCAAGGCAAAGACAAGCCGCCCAUUGUUGUCUACCCGUGGAUGAAGAAAGUGCACGUAGCUCAUGUAAAUCCGAACCACGUGGGCCCGGAGCCGAAGCGGUUGCGCACGGCCUACACGCGCCAGCAGGUCCUGGAGCUCGAGAAGGAGUUCCACUUCAGCCGGUACCUCACGCGCCGUCGCCGGGUCGAGGUGGCGCACGCUCUCUCUCUGUCAGAGCGACAGGUAAAGGUGUGGUUCCAGAACCGGCGCAUGCGCUGGAAGAAGGACAACAAGCUGCCCAACACCAAAGGACGGAGCAAAAACAAGAAAGCAACGGACAACAACAACAACAACAACAACAACAACAGCAACAACAACAGCAGCAGCUGCAGCAGCGAUAGUAAUGCCAAGGCGGUGAUAGACUAACUGAAAACCUGAUGGUACGAGCAGAGUUUGGCUUCAGAGGCAGCCAUGUUAGCACCUUCAAUCUCCACAGCUGCAGCCCUGAAACUAUUUUAAAUCGCUUAAAAAUUAGGCCAUCAUGGGUUUUUAUAAAACUGCUCACGUAUUAGCCUCAUAUUUAAAUUGCUUUCAAAUUUUGCUGUUGUGCAGAGCCUCCAAAUUUAGUCUGAUAUUAAUCAAAGUCUGAGUUAACGAUUAUCCAUUGACUAAUUGUCUAUAAAAUGACAGAAAUUAGGCUAAUGAACAACGUCCAUCUUGAGGCGAGGUCUUCUGAUUUCAUGUUUUGUCCAACCAACUGUCUAAACCCCAAAUAUAUCCCGUUUAAUGGCUUUAAUAUGCUAAUCGUUGCACCUCUACAUAUGUAGAUUUUAUGGUGUCAAACUGGUCUGCCACCUUUUCUGGUGUAAUUAGGAAAUUGUUUCAUGUUCAAACAUCUGAAGAGGUGCUAAAGCACGGGCACUGGUUGCAGUCUUGCCAAACUGGUGCACAAGAGGAGACUGUGUUUUGGAGAAAACAGGGUUUUAUUUCUACAGGGUAAACAUAUACAGGGUUUUAGCUACAUUAAAUAUGGAGUAGCCUAACUUAUAAAUAUGCACGUUACCAAAAUGUUUCCACAAACUGGCGCUUAAAGGGCAAAAACAAUAAACACUAAAUUACUCGGCGGCUGACCUGCAGAAUGGUUGGACAAAUAAUUUUUGAGCUUUUAUUUUGUACAUAGACAAGCAUCCAAAAACAAUGAUUAUUUAGUAGGAUAAGUAGCCAUAUCGUGCAGGUUUUAAAAUAUCUUCAAAAGGUGAAUAUACCUUUCAAUAAUUUAGGGGGGAAGUCAUACAGUUGUUCGCACGGGAAUGAAUGAAUAAAUAAAUUGUCAUCGUGGAGGUACAGGCUUGAAUGCAGGACACAGACUGUAAAUCCAUACUUUCUCAGGGUUACGGGGUUUUAACGAAAAAAAAAACUUUCUAAAACUUUUUUUUGUUUGACUCAGCACCAAGAGGUUUGAUAUGAUCCUCUCUGGAGCAGAAUGAAGUUGCAUUCUCAAAGAAUAUGUUCUCUUUUAUUCCAGUUUUAUAUGCUAUUGAUUUGUAUUAUAGCCGACGCAGUACUUAUUUUUAUUUGUAUCACUUAGAAAUA